GUAAUACCUUCCCGCAGUACGCAUUACGCAGGAUGCCAACCCAGAGUUCCCGCGCCGUGUCAACUGCGCAGUGUCUGCCUUGUUGAGCUUCGACUUUUCCCACUUCUGCCCAUAGACUUGACAUCUACUGGUUGAAGGGCCUUUUUUUCUUUCACAAAAGCACACCGUCCAACCUUGCCAUCAAUGACAGGGUAACUUCACUUGUGCUUUGGCGAGAAGGAUUUCCAUCCUGCACAAUUUCACCGGCCUUUGUUUCCAACGCGCGAUAGUGUCUGAAAAAAAAGGCCAAAUCUCGCAUCUCGCAUCUCACAUCUCGCCAGCGAAUCGCACGUGUCAAGCGUUUCCCCUCUUCUCCGUCCUCUCACCACGAGCAUUUCAGAUCGUUCAACCCAAUUCCCUGGCCAGCCACGCCUUGUCUGUGCUUGCGCAUCACGUCGACAGCCAUGCCCAAACCAAAGUCGGUUCAGUUCCAGCAUCGGAGAAAUGCCAACGGGACUGGCGACCGCCGUCGAACGCCGUCGAGCUCCAGCGAAUCCGCAUCAGACCCCCCGAGUCCUACAAAAGAAGCCGCAGGCUCCAAGAACAAUGGCACAAUACUCAAGGGAGAGAAGCCUCGGGUAGAGCCAUCCGAGUAUGAAAAGAAAAAGGCGACCUUCAUCACACGUACAAUAUGGACUUUGGCCAUGAUAGGAGGCUUCUUCGGUGCCAUGUUCGCCGGACAUGUGUACGUCUUGAUGAUCAUCACCAUGGUUCAAAUUGUUUCUUUCAAAGAGGUCAUUGCAAUUGCACAAGUUCCGGCGAAACAGAGGGAUCUCCCUUUGACCCGAUCGCUCAACUGGUACUUCCUCGCUGUGACAAUGUACUUUCUCUACGGCGAAAGCGUCAUUUACUAUUUCAAGCAUAUUCUGCUGGUGGACAAGGUCUUGCUUCCCUUCGCUACGCAUCACCGUUUCAUCAGUUUCAUGAUGUACAUCUUUGGUUUUGUCUUCUUCGUGGCGUCCUUGAAAAAGGGUCACUACCGCUUUCAAUUCACCCAAUUCGCCUGGACUCACAUGGCGUUGUACUUGAUCAACGUACAAGCGCAUUUCAUGAUGAACAAUGUCUUUGAGGGAAUGAUUUGGUUCUUCCUGCCAGCUUCCCUGGUCAUCACCAACGACAUCUUCGCCUACAUUUGUGGCAUAACCUUUGGACGUACCCAACUCAUCAAAAUUUCUCCUAAGAAGACAGUCGAGGGGUUUGUCGGAGCCUGGAUCUGCACCAUCAUUUUCGGCUUCGGACUCACCAACAUCCUGAUGCGCUACAAAUACUUCAUCUGCCCCGUCAAUGAUCUUGGUUCAAACAUCUACACGGGUCUUGAAUGCACUCCAAAUCCAGUAUUCACACCCCGCCCAUACGACUUGGCCCCAUGGACCGGUCUGAACUACACCGUCUGGAUCGCCGACAUGCAGUUCCACAUCCUGGUUUUUGCAACCUUUGCGUCCCUUAUAGCGCCGUUCGGUGGAUUCUUCGCGUCGGGUCUCAAGAGAACCUUUAAGAUCAAGGACUUUGGCGACAGUAUCCCAGGUCAUGGAGGCAUGACCGACCGGAUGGACUGUCAGUUUAUCAUGGGCUUCUUUGCCUACAUGUACUACCAGAGUUUUAUUGCUGUUUACAAGACCAGCGUUGGUAGCGUCAUCGAAUCCGCCAUUGUCGGCCUGACCCCCGAAGAACAAGUCGAAGUCGUCAAGGGGUUGGGCAAAUACUUGUACAAUCAAGGCAUUGUUCCCGAAGAGGUGCUCAAAUGUCUCACAACUCAACUGUCCAAAAGAUAAAGUGCUGCCUCGACGACUGCGCACAAGAGUGGCUUUAUUAAUUUUCUUUAUAACAUUCGAUCGGACAAUAUCCGUGUACUCCAAACUUGAUCUCAUGAGCUAGCAUUGCGGUGGAGUCCUGGGCUCCCGACGGUAGCAGACUUGCCAUCACCAUGGGAAUUGUGAAAGUUCUUUGACUAGCUAGAUGAUGAAAUUGAUGCUGGUGGGCCGACCAGAGCACGACUCGGGAUUGGCGUGCUGGUGGUGUUAUCAACGGGCGCGAAAGUGGUUGAUGGUCGCACAUGUUGCGCGUACGUUAGGUAGUUUCUCGUCGUGCUCGGCGACGAUGGCAUGUGCUGUGGUGGAGGCGCCAAAAAGUUGAACGUGGCUUUGGGGUGGUAAUGACAAUAUGACUUCUUUGAUUACUCGUAGCAA